CAACCCAUUAGAUUUAAAGAGCUUAGUAAAACAUGGAGAAAGCACAAACAAAAUAUGUUCUCAAGAUAAAAGAUGAAGUCAAGGAGAGAGACUAUGACAAAUCCAAGGCUACCCCAAAGACUCCAGCCAAGGAAAAUACUAAGCCCCAGGAAUUCAAACUUCACACAGAACAAAGAGCUUACAAACGUGCAAUGUUCAACUAUUCUAUUGCAACCAAGCUAUACCUCAUGGAGCUACAAAAGAAACAAAUAGAGAGGGUCCAAAAGAUCAUAGAAGAAGAGGAGAUCCGCAUGCUGAGAAAAGAAAUGAUUCCGCGAGCCCAGUUAAUGCCUUUCUUUGAUAGGCCUUUCUUUCCACAAAGAUCAAACAGGCCUUUGACAAUACCAAGAGAGCCAAGUUUCCACAUGUUGAACAGCAAGUGUUGAAGCCGCAACUCUGGGAAUGAACACUACCAUUUUGAACAUGCCCAAGCUUUGGAAUUGCUAAAUGAAAGAGAGAGAUUUGUAAAAUGUAAUUUUGGUGUUCACCCAUCCCUGUACAACAACAACAUAUCUGGUCAUAGAUUUCUUUUCACUACUUCUAUGAAGAGCGUGUUGACAUAUAUAGUGUAACUAUACAUUAGAUUUUUGUAAGAAGUGUGAUUAUUUGGCCUUUUCCAUAGCCAUAACCCAUCCUUUCAAUGGGUAAUUUGUGUCCUUUUCACAUGCUAAUAACAUGAAUGCUUUUUUUUUUAAA